GAGGCUGGGACUGCAGCGGCCGGGCGCGGAGCCAGGGCCGGGCCGGGCCGGGGGGCCGCGCGCUCUACACCCCGCUGCCGGGAUGGGCGGCGCGCUGCCCGCGGCCCCUGCAGCGCCCCCAGCGCUGGGGCACUGGUGAAACUGGGGACCCAACUGGAGCACAGAUGGGGCUCACCAGGAACCUGGCCGGCUGUGGUGCCGCCCUCUCCCACGUGCUGCUGCUGCUGCUUCACAUUGAGGCGCUGGUGCAUUCAGGGCUGGGGGAACCAGAUCCCAAGAUUAACGGGCAGUCACUCUUGGUGAGCACCAUGCAGGAGGAUGAGCGCCAGGACUUCACCUGCCAGGUGGACAGCUGGCAGGCCGUGCCCAUGCUCACCUGGUACCUGAAUGGCAAGAAGCAGGAGACCAAUGGUUCCACACUGUUGACCACCUUGGCUGAGGCCUUUGAGCAGAGCUCCAGCACUUUCACAGUGACGGCGCAGCGCGCAGACAGGGAACUGAACUGCUCACUGACUGACCCGGCUUCUGGCAAGACCUCCAACGCCUCAGUGCUCCUCAACGUGCAGUUUAAACCGGAGAUCGUGACGAUGAACGCCAAGUACCAGGAGGCCAAGGACCCAGGUCUCUUCAUGGUUCUCUUCGUCCUGGUGCGGGCCAACCCCCCAGCCAGCAUCACCUGGAUAGACCAGGAUGGGCACGUGAUGGUGAAUACGUCCGACUUCCUCAUCCUGGACACCAAGAGCUACCCCUGGCUGACCAACCACACUGUGCAGGUGCAGCUCAGCAGCGUGGCCAAGAACUUCUCUUUCACUGCUGCCAACAACGUGGGCAUAACCAACUCCUCCAUCCUGCCACCGGGUCUCCUGGAUACCCGUGUGGAGCUGCCCCUCCUGGCCAUCAUUGUUGGAGGAGCCUUGGCACUGGGGACUCUCCUCUGCCUAAACACCCUCAUCAUCUGUGUCGUCUGCAGGAAGGGGAAGGUGGCAUCAGGGCUCUCUGGACCUACGCCACUGCCGCCGAGCGAUUCCAACAACCUGAAGCUGAACAGCGUACGACUGCCACGAGAACACAUGUCCCUCCCCUCCAACCUGCAGCUCAAUGACCUCACGCAGGAGGCCAAAGGUGUGUUCCUUACCAGAACCGGGCAGUUCAGAGGGAUGGCCCUUCUGAGCUGGGCGCAGCUGCCCAUAGCAGAUGGGGUGGGAUUUCUCAUUGACCCAGUGUGAGCCUUUCCCCCGGACUCCUCUCCUGCACCGGUCUGGGGCAGCGGCUUCCCCUUUGAUUGUAGGUCUGUACUCUGUGCUGGGACUGGACCAGUAUCCCCAGCUCGGGGAGUCCCAGCUCUGAUGGGGGCAGUACAGACGUGGACACGACGUGUGUGAUUCCUCCUCACUCCAAACACCUUCCCCUGACAGCCAGCCAAGGAGACGCAGGAAUCCAGACUGAGCGGAAGGACGAUGCCCUGUCAGAGCCAGAGAACAGCCUGGGCCUUGGUAACAGAGAUUUCGUCCGGUUCCCGAUGGUUGGGCACAUUUACAAAGUGUCCAGCAUGAGCAGUGAUGAGAUAUGGCUAUGAAUGUGUAGGCAGGACCCUCCUGUGGGGUCCAGGUUAUCCCUCAGUCUCUUGGGAUGAGUCCACUGAUCCAUCUGUACUGCAGACCCAUCCAGGAGCUGCCAUUCUCCCCAGAAUCCCAGAGUGCAGCAGCCAACUCAGAACAAGCUCUCUGGGUAACCACCACCAGAGCUCCAGGUGAGAAAAUUGCAAUGUCACUAAGUUCCUGUGACUGCAGGUCUUCCACACCAUCCUGUCCCAAGGAUCUCUGGGGUCUUCAGCUCUUGCACUUGAGUAGGUUAGCUAGUCUCAUCAAAAACAUCAUGGAGUCUGAUUUUUAAGAACUCUCCAGUGUGCUGGGGGGCAGGUGGAGCAUCAAGAGUGGGAAAGGCCUGUUCGCCUGCCCAGGAGCAAGAGAAAUUCAUACAUGUAACAGCCAUGGUCAUUUCAUCUCCACUCAGCCAUGGCAGCAUCCAGCUAUGUCCAUCUCUGAAUGGAUCAGGGCUGCGUUCUGGAGCUCCUGUGAGGAGUCUGAAACUGCUGGGAGUGGAAGAGGGUGAGCUAAUGUCAGUAUCUUAGGGGAGCAUGGGAGUGAUUGGCAGGAAGCCUGGCUUGCCCAAACUCCAAUCUCAGUUAGUCACACAUUCUGUCUCAGGCCUGGCCAAGUACCUAAGCCCAGUGGCUCCUGCUCUGCUGGUUGGGCAGUAGGAAACCCAGAAGAUCAGGCUCUAGGUGUUCCAAACUAGGCUUCAAGAAUUAGGGACCGCUUUGGAAAACGUGGCCUGUCCUGUGUGCGUUGAGUGUUGUAUCAUACAGUGGGAGAUGGAACAGACUUACCUUCCCAUGGGGCUGGGAGGGGAGGAGCACUCCAGGAAUGGUAUAGUACUAAAACCUAGAAUAGCAAGCACUGCGGCCAUUAUUUGUGAGCUGCUCUAGUUCUGUGAACUCACUCUGCUAGGGAAAAGUAAACCUUACCAGUUUGGGAUGAAAGCGAAAAAAGAGCGUGAGUACCCCUUGGGGCUUCUCAGCCUCAGGUUCACUCCAGCCCUAUAUUGGGAGAGCAGUGAUGGGCUGCUUCUGGGUAUCCCAUAAUCAACCUCUUUGUGAAACAGAACAUGGGGUAGUUUCUGCUUGGAGCCCACAGCUGUCUCCUGGAGAAGAACUAGAGUGAUUAAGGGAAGUUCUUACUCUUUGAAAAGAACAUUUAGGAGAGAUGUGUCCCUGCUGUGCCCUCAUUUACACUCAUGCAAUUCUGCUGCGGACAGGAGACAGGUAUGGGUAUGCCAGAGGGUAGUUAUCACUCUAAUUCUUCACCCCUCUGAACCUAGACACUGCAGCACACAGAGGACCUUUCUAUGUGAAAACCCACUGCAGACCCUAACCAUCCAUUGCAAUAACUGCUGUGUAAUUCCUACAGUCUAGAGGUGCUGCAGCACCUGGGCACUAGGUAUGGCUCUGAGGUUUGUUAGCCUUUGCUUUGUUAGUGUCUUGCUAUGGCAACUGUGUCUCUCCAUCAAUGUGCAUCUGGAAAGAGCAAUUCUUUCCUGGGAGACUCCCGUUUGUGACCCGUCUCUCAUGUCAAGAAGGGGACUUGGCAUGGGUGCCAGUGAAUAAGCACAAAUAGAGGUGCUGGUGGAAAUAAAUACAUGGGGCCAUGUAGGCUGACCAGCCCCUGAGUAAUAUAUUAAGCUAUGCAUCAAAUGAUCUAGCAGCUGUUAGUUGUUGUAAGAUGCUGCAUUGUUAGCUGAGGCAUGUCUUUCUGUAACUUAAGCACUUUUAACAAUAAAAUGGUAUAAUCAAAGUGUAAUGCAGAGCUCUUUCUAAAUUGACUGAUGCUCUGCCGAGUUGAGUGCUGCUCUGUCUCUGGUAGGAGUUUGUGGGAUGGAGGGACCUAUUGUGUCUUAGCUGCUGUAAUGAGGGAGCCAUAACUGGUCCUCACCCCAAGGAUCUUGUUCAGAGCACUGACAACAGUGUCAGGCAAAUUCUUCCAACAGCAGUAAACCAAAUAAUUGUCUGUAGUGGUGGCUGGUUAUUUCUGGUGAUCUGUCUGCUUCUCCUAAAAUGCAGUCCACUAGUGGGCCCAACUCUGCUGGAAGUUACAAGUGUGAAGUAGGUGUACCUGUUGGAUUUACAAUAGGCUAACCUGGCUCAGAGCUAGUGCCCUCCUCUCUACCCAGAGGCUGAUGAAGGGGACAUGCCAUGCCAUGAUAGUACCUACAGGAAUCAAGGGGGAAACAGACUCCCCUGUGCCUUGAUAUGAAGGCACUACCACCCUCCCCCUCCUGUCAAUCCCCUGAGUUUUCUCUCUAGAGUGGCUGCUAAUGGGCUCCUGACACAGAGCAAAGGUCCAUCCA